AGUGUCCCCGUGUCAACCUUAACCAUUUGGGGUUUAUUUUGCCCUUUAUCAGCGCGGCUGACCCUUUAAUUCUAAUCCUCUCCCGGGUUCCCUUUCAACAGCCGACAUAGCAAAAUUUCGAUUGUAAAAGUGGAAGCCGUCCAGUUCGAUUCCUAAUCAAAUCGUUAACCUGAUCGAUAGUAAGAGCUUUUGAAGGCAGAAAUCUCGUAGCUUUUGAUCCGCCAUGGUGGCUUUAAAGGAUCUUCUACCAGACGCGAAAAACUCAACGUCGACGUAUUACGACCACGCAAACGACCCAUGGUUUAGACAACGGUUUAGUUCGUCGGAGGAAGAGAAAUCCUCCACGGCAAUAAAGGCAAAACCAGUACCGCCUUAUAUGAAACGCGCCGGAUUUGUUCCCAGAAAAGUUGAAGACUUUGGAGAUGGAGGUGCUUUCCCUGAAAUCCAUAUCGCUCAAUACCCUCUUGGUAUGGGAAGAGUAAAAGGGGCGAAACCAGGAUCGAAGAUUCUUCCCGUGACCGUUGAUGCUCAUGGGAAUUUGGCUUAUGACGCGAUAGUUAAGCAGAAUGAGAAUGCAAAAAAGAUUGUUUACUCGCAGCAUAAGGAUUUGAUACCGAAGAUUUUGAGGAGUGAGGAAGAGGGUGGUGACGAGGAGGAAGAGGAAGAGAGGCAGAAAGAGAUUGAGGAAACAAUGCAAGAAACUAAGGCAGCCUUAGAGAAGAUUGUGAAUGUGAGAUUGAGUGCUGCACAGCCGAAGAAUGUUCCUAAACAGUCUUCUGAUUCAAAUUAUAUUAAGUAUAAGCCUUCACAGCAAUCGGCUGCAUUUAAUUCAGGUGCUAAAGAGAGGAUAAUUAGAAUGGUGGAGAUGCCUGUGGAUCCUCUUGAGCCUCCCAAGUUUAAGCAUAAGAGGGUCCCGAAAGCUUCAGGGUCUCCACCUGUGCCGGUGAUGCAUUCCCCUCCACGGCCUGUGACUGUGAAGGAUCAGCAGGACUGGAAAAUUCCGCCUUGUAUUUCAAACUGGAAGAAUCCGAAAGGGUAUACAAUCCCACUGGAUAAACGUCUUGCUGCUGAUGGAAGAGGUUUACAGGACGUACAGAUUAAUGAUAACUUUGCAAAGCUGUCUGAGGCUUUGUAUGUUGCAGAGCAGAAGGCUAGAGAAGCUGUGUCGAUGAGAUCAAAGGUGCAGAAAGAGAUGAUGAUGAAGGAGAAGGAAAGGAAGGAGCAGGAGUUGCGAGCUUUGGCUGCUAAAGCUCGUUCUGAGAGAACUGGGACAGUGGCACCUUCAGCUGCUGUUCCAAUGUCAUCUGACAGAAAUGCGGUGGAUACUGAUAUGAGAGUGGAUUAUGAGCCAGUGAGGGAGAGAGAAAGGGAUAUGCCAAAGGAAUCAAAGGAAGAAAGGGAGGAGCGGUUGCAGAGGGAGAAAAUACGUGAAGAACGACGUAGAGAAAGGGAGAGGGAGAGAAGGUUGGAGGCCAAAGAUGCCGCCAUGGGUAAAAAGAGUAAGAUUACAAGGGAUAGGGAUAGAGAUAUCAGUGAGAAGGUUGCUCUUGGUAUGGCUUCUACUGGUGCUGGAAGAGGUGGGGAAGUGAUGUAUGAUCAAAGGUUAUUUAACCAGGAGAAAGGAAUGGAUUCUGGAUUUGCAACUGAUGAUCAAUACAACAUCUAUGACAAGGGUCUGUUCACAGCACAGCCGACUCUCUCAACACUCUAUAGACCAAAGAAAGACGUGGAUUCUGACAUGUAUGGUGGUGCAGAUGAGCAGCUAGAGAAAAUGAUGAAAACUGAUAGGUUUAAACCUGACAAGGCAUUUGGUGGUACUUCUGAGAGGAGUGGUCCAAGGGAUAGGCCUGUUGAGUUUGAAAAGGAAGCUGAGGAAGCUGAUCCAUUUGGUCUGGAUCAGUUCUUGACAGAGGUCAAGAAGGGUAAGAAAGCCAUGGAAAAAGUGGGCUCUGGAGGGACAAUGAAGGCAAGUGCAGGCUCUUCCAUGCGAGACGGCUAUGAAGGAGGCUCUAGUAGAUCUCGCAUUGGUUUUGAAAGAGGACAUUAAGUAUCCUAUGUAUCUCUUGACUAAUGUUAUAUGACUCUUUAGCUUGUUAAUUUUUCUGAUCUUUGUUGCUCAGUGAAUCUUAAUCCCUGAAGUAGCUUCAGGGGUGAGUUUUUUUUUUUCUCUUCAAAUAUGUGGGAUGUUGCUUAUUUUGCCUUGUGAAGAUUUUAAAUGGUCAUAUUUCCCUUCACUGUUCACUACA